AUGGGUCUGGACUACAAGAAGGGUGAGCCCUCCUACCAGUUCGCCCUGCAGCAGGGAUUUAACAACCUUGCUGAACUGCAGACUGUGCGCUUGGACCGGGAGGGGAUUACCACCAUCAAAAACUUAGAGGGGCUCCAAAAUAUUCACAGCCUCUAUCUGCAAGAGAAUAAGAUCCAGCGCAUUGAGAAUCUGGCGUGCAUCCCCUCCUUGCGCUUCCUGUCUCUGGCAGGCAACCAAAUUAGGCAAGUGGAAAACCUCCUUGACCUCCCAUAUCUCCAGUUUCUGGACCUUUCUGAGAACCUGAUAGAAACACUGAAGCUGGAUGAGCUCCCCCAGAGCCUUCUCAUCUUCAACCUGACUGGAAACCAGUGCACCGAAAAGGAGGGUUACAGGGAGACGGUACUAGAAGCUCUGCCUCUACUCCUGGACCUGGACAAGCAGCCUGUGUUGGAGCGCUGGAUCUCAGAUGAUGAGGAUAAGGCCUCAAGCGAUGAAGACGAGUUCCCUGAGCUGAGUGGCCCAUUCCGUACAGAGCGAGGCUUCUUCACAGAGCUGGAGAAGGACAUGAGCAAGAACCAGGAGCGCAGACAGAAGGCUGCCCUGUCAGAACACAUUCUGAGGAUGGAAAUCCAGCCUACCCUCACCGACCUGUCCCUGCUGCCUGGGGCGCCCAUGACAGGGGACAGCCUCCCUUCUGUCACUACAGAGCCGGGGAAGGAGCCCCUCCCAGAAGCUGUCACUUCUCCUCCAGCCUCCUCUCUCACCAGGAAACCAUGCAGGCUCUUUCGUAGGGGCCAGAAAAGCUCCAGCCAAGCAGAAACGGGGGCCCUGGGGGCCUCUCAGGUUGGGCCGCUUAGCACAACUAAAACUGUGACCAAAAGAACCAACAAGUGAAGCAGAGACUCUACUCUCUCUCCCUCUCUCUCCCUCCCUCUCCCUCUCCCCCCCCUCACACAGGAGUGAAGCCCCUCUUGUGCAGACCCCUCCCCAAAUAAAGG